CACGGACACAAUUGCCCUAUAUCACAUUUAUUAUUUUGUUAAGUCCUCUUCCUUUUUUUUUAUUUUUUUGGAGUAUCGUCGGGUGUCCUUUGCCGACAUCUACCAGAGCAUGCCUUGGGAUGCAACGCAACGGAGACUAAUCCUACAGUACGGAUCCCAUAAUACUGCAGGGAGGUAAACCAGGAUUUGCUCGGCGAGGUAGAAUCGAACCCGGACGCCUACCUGGUCACCGGCAUGACCGGAUCUGCCCUUGCCCCCUGAGCUAGCGACAGGGGGUAAUUAGGUCCUCUUCCUUAUUACAUAUAGCAUGAUUAUUUGGAAUUCAAAGUCAAAAAAGCUUGACACAAGCUGUGGUGGGCGUUGCGCAACCGGCGUGCCUCAAAGAAGCCCGCAGGCAGAAAUUCCCAAUCAGGGGAGAGAAGCGAAGGUGCAAAAGGACUAGACAGUUGGCACGGGGCCUGCGUCCCCACUCUUUUGUCCUGUCGCUAAUAAAUAAUUACCGUAAAAAUCAAUAUACAACCGGUUAACGGGAAACAUAUAUAUCGCUUCCACUGUUCCACAUAGCAGCUGCACAGCUAAAAAUUCUAUUUUGCAAAAGCAACGCAGCAGAUCUCCCAAUCAUUCAUUCUUCUCUUCCGAGCAAAUCCAAACUCGUGAAGGGCACAAAUGGUUCCAGUCGCUUUGGAGAACGGAGUAGAAGGCGACGACGAGAGGGAGGAGGACGAAGACGAGGAGGAGGAGGAGGAAGAGGAGGAGGAGGAGGAGGAAGAGGAAGAUGAGCCCAGGCUUAAGUACCAGAGAAUGGGAGGGAGCAUACCUUCGCUUCUGUCGAGCGAUGCGGCGUCGUGCAUCGCUGUGGCGGAGCGAAUGAUCGCGCUUGGUACGCAUGAUGGCGCCGUCCAUAUUCUGGACUUUCUUGGAAAUCAGGUUAAAGAAUUCCCUGCUCACAGGGCUGCUGUCAAUGACCUUAGUUUUGACUUAGAAGGUGAAUAUAUAGGAAGCUGUUCUGAUGAUGGAUCUAUCGUAAUAAAUGGCCUUUUUACUGAUGAGAGAAUGAAGUUUGAUUAUCAUCGCCCAAUGAAAGCCAUUGAUCUAGACCCAGAUUAUGCCAGAAAAGCUUCAAGAAGAUUUGUUGCUGGUGGUUUAGCUGGUCAUUUGUAUUUUAAUACAAAGAAAUGGCUGGGCUAUCGUGAUCAGGUUCUGCACUCAGGUGAGGGUCCAAUACAUGCAGUAAAAUGGAGGGCUAGUCUCAUUGCAUGGGCAAAUGAUGCAGGGGUGAAAGUAUAUGAUGCUGCCAAUGAUCAGCGUAUAACAUUUAUAGAGAGGCCACGAGGAAGCCCACGGCCAGAGCUUUUGCUUCCUCACUUAGUUUGGCAGGAUGAUACGCUCUUGGUCAUUGGCUGGGGAACAUCUGUAAAAAUUGCUUUGAUAAGAACAAACCAGUAUAAUGGAACCAAUGGGACUUACAAGCACCUACCUAUGUCCAGUAUGAACCAGGUUGAUAUUGUGGCAUCUUUUCAAACCAGCUAUUUCAUUUCAGGAAUUGCUCCUUUUGGUGAUUCUUUGGUUGUUCUAGCUUAUAUUCCUGGCGAAGAGGAUGGAGAGAAGGAAUUUAGCAGCACCGUUCCAUCGCGCCAGGGAAAUGCACAGAGACCUGAAGUACGUGUAGUCACAUGGAAUAAUGAUGAACUUGCAACAGAUGCACUGCCUGUACAUGGCUUUGAGCAUUAUAAGGCAAAGGACUAUUCCCUUGCUCACUCUCCUUUCUCAGGUAGCAGCUAUGCAGGUGGUCAGUGGGCUUCUGGUGAUGAACCAUUAUACUAUAUUGUCUCUCCCAAAGAUGUAGUUAUUGCAAAACCUAGGGAUGCUGAAGAUCAUAUUUCUUGGCUUCUACAGCAUGGAUAUCAUGAAAAGGCUUUGGCUGCUGUUGAAGCAGGACAGGGACGGAGUGAACUUCUAGACGAGGUGGGAUCAAGGUACCUUGAUCAUUUGAUUGUUGAAAGGAAAUAUGCUGAAGCAGCAUCUUUGUGUCCAAAAUUGUUGCGAGGUUCUGCUUCAGCUUGGGAGAGAUGGGCUUUCCACUUUGCUCAUCUCCGUCAGCUUCCUGUAUUGGUUCAAUACAUGCCAACAGAGAACCCAAGAUUGCGUGAUACUGCUUAUGAGGUUGCCCUUGUAGCUCUGGCAACAAAUCCUUCUCUCCACAAAGAUCUCUUGUUAACUGUCAAGUCUUGGCCAUCUGUAAUUUAUUCUGCGUUGCCCGUCAUCUCAGCAAUAGAACCUCAACUGAACACUUCAUCUAUGACUGAUGCGCUCAAAGAGGCACUAGCAGAGUUGUAUGUAAUUGAUGCUCAGUUUGAAAAAGCUUUUGCGCUGUACGCUGAUCUUAUGAAGCCGGAUAUAUUUGACUUCAUUGAAAAACAUAACUUACAUGAUGCCAUUCGCGAAAAGGUAGUCCAGUUGAUGAUGCUAGAUUGCAAACAAGCUGUUCCGUUAUUGAUCCAUCACAGGGACUUUAUUACUCCGGCUGAAGUUGUUUCACAACUUUUUGCUGCUGAGAACAAGUGCAAUUCCAGAUUUUUUUUGCAUUUAUAUCUCCAUGCACUAUUUGAGGCUAAUCCACAUGCAGGAAAGGAAUUCCACGAUAUGCAGGUAGAGCUUUAUGCAGAUUAUGAUCCAAAGAUGCUACUUCCUUUUCUUCGCAGUAGUCAGCAUUAUACACUUGAGAAGGCGUAUGAGAUUUGUGUCAAAAGAGAUCUUUUGAGAGAGCAAGUCUUCAUCCUUGGAAGAAUGGGAAAUUCAAAACAAGCCUUGGCUGUUAUAAUAAAUAAAUUAGGGGAUAUAGAAGAGGCAAUAGAAUUCGUGACUAUGCAGCAUGAUGAUGAACUUUGGGAAGAAUUAAUUAAGCAAUGUCUUCACAAACCUGAAAUGGUUGGUGUUUUGUUGGAGCAUACUGUUGGCAAUCUUGAUCCUCUGUAUAUCGUAAAUAUGGUGCCCAAUGGAUUGGAGAUACCUCGGCUUAGGGAUCGUCUUGUCAAAAUAAUUACAGAUUACAGGACUGAAACUUCACUUAGACAUGGAUGCAAUGACAUUCUUAAGGCUGAUUGUGUUAAUCUGUUGGUUAAGUACUACAAAGAAGCAAGGCAUGCAAUUUACUUGAGCAAUGAAGAUGAUGAAGCACGGGUAAAAAGGAAUGAUAACAGGGCUUCUGAGGCAUCUGGGAGAGCACCUCGUGUGAGAACCUUGGAAGUGAAGUCAAAAACUAGGGGAGGUGGAAGAUGUUGCAUGUGUUUUGAUCCUUUCUCUAUACAGAAUGUAUCAGUUAUCACGUUCUUUUGCUGUCAUGCCUAUCACUUAAAUUGUCUUAUGGAUUCCACCAAUUCUAUUAGUAACAAGAAAGGAGCUGAGGCUACUUCCCGGGGAGUGGUUACAGGUUAUGAGUAUGAUAAUGAUGGCGGUGAUGUUGGCGAUGAUGAUGAUGAUGAUGAAACUGUGUCAGAUGCCCCUCGAUUGCGUUGUAUUUUAUGUACUACAGCUGCUGGCUAAGUUUGUUCUGUGGGAGGGUUUGCGGGUGUGUAGGCUUGGGCUUUUUUGGUGGUUUGAGGGCUAAAAUUUUUCGUGGUUCUUUGCUUGGCUGGUAUUGGUUCUUGUAUUUUCUUAUAUUUUUAGUUUCUAUUUUUUUAUUGAUAGUUUGAUCUAUUCUUUAAUCGACGCGAUGGAAGAGCCUACUUUGAAUUA